UUGGAGUGAAUGGAGCUAGAAGGAAUUCCAGAACCAGAGGGUUCAGAAAAGUCAGUAGUUUCCUCCCAGGAAGAAUAUGAAGAAUCCCAAGAAGCAGAGGAAAGAGGCUUGGAGAACCCCCUCUUGCAGCCAGCUCUCAGGGGGGAUGUAGAAGGUUUGCAGAAGAUUUUCGAGGAUCCUGAACAUCCCCACCAUGAGCAUGCUAUGCAGCUGCUUCUGGAAGAAGACAUUGUUGGGAGAAACCUGUUGUAUGCAGCUUGCAUGGCUGGGAAAAGUGAUGUAAUUAGAGCCUUGGCAAAGUAUGGGGUGAAUCUGAACGAAAAAACCGCCAGAGGCUACACACUCUUACACUGUGCUGCAGCCUGGGGCCGCCUGGAAACUUUGAAGGCCCUGGUGGAACUGGAUGUUGAUAUAGAGGCUUUGAACUUCCGGGGAGAGAAAGCUCGAGACGUUGCUGAUCGAUAUUCUCAGACUGAGUGUGUUCAUUUUCUGGACUGGGCAGAUGCAAGGAUGAUUCUGAAAAAAUUUAUUACAAAGUCCUCUCUCAUAAUUACUGACCCAGAAAAGGGUCCAGGGAAACUCCUCAAGGAAGACAAGAACGCUAUCCUCAAUGCAUGCCGUACGAAGAACGAGUGGUUGGAAACUCAUCCAGAAGCUACCAUCAGUGAGCUUUUUGAGCAGAAACAACAACUGGAGGACAUUGUGACUCCCAUCCUCAUAAAAAUGUCUACUCCACGUAGUACUGGGAAGAUGCAACACAAACGCUGCUGCUGCUUCCCUGCAAAUAUUCCUGGAGCAUGA